AGAUCAGCAAAAGGAAGGAAGCAAGCAAAACGGCAACAAUAACAAAAACAAAAGGUUUUAGCUCACCUACGCAUGAAUAUUCAAAUCUCGGGCAACUUAAGCGGCCCAACCGCCAUCUUUCUCGCGGGGUGGCCAGACACCUGCGAUGUGUUUCGCGACAACAUCAUGGCCACCCUAGCCGCCGACUACCGCGUUGUCGGCAUCACCUUACCCGGCUUUGACGAUGACCACCCGUUUCUACAGAUGCUGCGGGAGAAAGGUAUGCGCUCCUCAUCGUUCGGCGGUUUGCGCUCUGACAACGAUGCACACACGCAGUCGACAGCUAGGUCGAGCAGUGGCAGCUACUGGCUACCAACUUUCUUCCCCUUCUCGUACCUUCGCCGCCAAGACGAAGACGCGCACAUGGCACAAGCCCAGCAUGCCUGCCUCGUCAACGCACUCCGCCUCUCCUGCGGACGGCCUCCGCUGGAGAUGUUUCGGACCACGUGGAAGGGUCACAGUCUGGAAGACCUCGUCACGAUGCUGGAAAUCGCGGUGGACACGGCGAUGGAGACGUGUAACUACUGCCCUACGACGACUCCCUCUGGGGCUGUUGCUAGCGGUGCUGCUGCUUCAACCCGUGAAAAACGGUGUCCAGAUGUCACCAAAGCUUUCGCAAAGGCGGCUUUGGGGGUGACUGUGAACACAGAUGAUGGCCUCGACGAGGUGCCCUUGCACCAGUUACCACCCACCUACACGCGGCCGGUGUUGAUUGCGCACGACUGGGGAUGCGUCUUGGCGUACGAGCUGCUGCUGGUGCGACCGAACUUCUUUUCUAGAAUUGUGGCACUCGACAUCGGGGCGUACAUAUACGAAAGCGACGCCGCACACGUGGAGCGGAUGUGCGGGCUGAUGAGCCGCAGCGAAAGGGGUGGAGUUGCGCCAUCGGCGAGCUUCGCCGCGUGCGGUCCGCGAGCACCAGGGACGGCGCCGCCUGCCAUUCCAGAACAGACACCUUCCACCCGUGCCGGUUGUGGAAGUGCACCGAUCUCUAAUUUCUCCACACGAGACGCAACAGACGACGUAAGAGGAACAUGUUUAAGAGACAUGCGUCCACGUCAGGAAUUAAAGCUAUCCGCUGGAAUGACCGACGCGAGCCACGGCCGUCAAGACUCAAGUGGGGCAGCUACCGCAACGGAGGCACCGUCGUCUCCACCUUUGCGACAGGAGCACCCCCACAACGGCAACUCUCCCCCGGGAACACCGACCUCUUCCCCCGUGACGGUCGCCCACGGCGUCUUGCCCGGUGCAUAUCUAGGAAACAGACAAGCCAACGAAAGCGUCAACACCACAACAACAACUCGAUUUGACGAGCUAACCGCUUCUGUGUCGAACACCUCACAGCUGCGCAACAGCGUCUCCGGCGCCGCGACAAGACGCUCCUUGGCGUCGCGGUACGCGAUUCGACGCAAGAAGCCCACCCAACAAACCCGGCGCGCUGAAAGAUGGAAGACCAUUUUGAUCGUCAUCUAUCAGUUUUUCCUCAUUAUUUGUGAACUCUUCCUUCCGCAUCAGCUCGCUCGCUGGCUUGUUGGCUGCGUUGCCAGUCUUCUUGGACGGCCGACCUACUGCUAUGACCCCCAAAUGGUCUUCACGCCGACGGUGGAGCUGCUGAAUCACACGCUAAACACGCAGUUCUUUGCGCAGCACCCUUACGCCCUGGAGAACCGCGGUGUCUUUGAGGCACCGGUGUUACUGCAGAUGCAGGAAGGGACGAGCGUGGGGAGCCAUCCGGGGGAGUCGUCGUGUCCGUCGACAAGCGUAGAGUACCCAUCGUCCGUGCGAGGCAAGCUACCUGCGCGCUUGCUGCCCGGUUGGAAGAUCUUGUUAGUCCCUUAUGUGGAGGGCAGCCCCGUACCUGUCGACCCCACACAGAGGACACACGAGCUGACUGACGCGGACGGACAACACUGUCCACAGUUUCUGCCAUCUCCUUUUUCGCGGCGUAGCGCCCACAUUCGCCGCGCUGCAAGUGGCGGGCCGGCCAGCGGAGUCAACGGGAAACAGCGCAGACCACGGUCGCGCAUGUUGCACACAUCGACACACUCAGAGCUGAGCGAAUCCUACUCUCUGGGCAGCGACUCCGCGACAAGUACGGAUUUUAGCGAGGACGACAUCUCCGGCUCGCUGCAAACCGGUGGUCAGCAGCAGGACGAGCAGGAGAACUGUUUGUGGAACGGAAAGUAUGCUGCCGCUGCCUCCGACGCCAGCUACACAAUUUACUCGUCCUACGCAAAAGGAGCAGGGCUGUUUGAGGAGUGGAACACGCCCAUUGAAGGCCUCGGUCGCAUCAACGCCGGUGCCGGUUCCAGCGGCGAGCUCGACCCCUAUCUGUCCGUGCUGGCCAUUCCCAAUCUGCUGUGGGCUGCUGAAGAUCCGCUGGCGCUGACGGGCGCGCGCUCGUUUCAGGACCACUGUCGGUGGGGGAUGAACGCGAAGGAGGACUAUUUUCUCACCUCGCCGGAUGGCGAUGUUGUGCCACGGCGCAGCGCUGCCGGCGCUUCCGCCUCGCACAUGCAAGUGAUCAAGCGUAAAAUCUACUACCAGGCCAUUGCUUUCCCCCCGCUUGCGUCGCCGCUGAACGCAUCUGCAUCGUCCGUAAACGGCGACAACAACAAUGGUAGUCGUGGCAACAACGACGACACCGCCUCGUCACGCAGCACCCACUCGACGAUGCUGGGGCGGCUGCGACGGUCCAACCGCAAGGCCGCAUUGCGGCCCUCCGUCUCGGUCGUCGCGUCACCGCGGCAGGGGUGGAUUUACCUCCGCUUUUGGCUCGGCACUUUUCUCAUGCGGUUUAUGGCGGCUGGGAGUUGGCUCUUUGGGGAGAAGAAGCCGGCACCAUCCUCGGGGGCAGCGGGGGAGGGCAGCAGCGGCGGCAGUCACAGUGCCAGCAAGACGUACUCGAAUGUCAUGACGACGGCCAUGACGACCAUUUACCGCCGGCUGCCGGUCACGCCCUCUCUUGCCGCGAGCACGGCCAAUUUGCCCGGCGACGGCGAUGUCGUGUUGCAGCCCAUGGGCUACGCCCCGCUGGUCACGCAGCGCUACUUUGUGCCGCUUCCGGUGCCGAUUUUGUUCAUGUACGGCGGAGAGAAAAGGGUGAUGUUCCACGCCGAUCACUGGUGUGCGUACAUCCGCCAAUACCAGCGACCGCGCGACGGCAUUUCAGAUGUGGUGGAAGUACAGGGCGGUGGCCAUUGGUUCUUUGCGGAGAAGAAGUACCAAAAGAAGGUUGCCGAUCGCAUCGCCGAGUUUCUCGUCGCGGAGCAAAAGUCGCCGCUAGGUCUGUAG